UCUCGAGUAAGCACGACGGCCAACAAUCCUUUCCUGUAAAUACAUACAUACGUUAUUGUCAUCAAAGUGAGGUCGAUUAACUAAAACAAUGCCACGGCUUCCAAAAAUGUAAUGCUCGUCGUGGCAUUAAAGGCUAUAUGGAGAGUGCACAAGUGUUUAUAUGUCACAGUCAGAAGUGACCUAGUUUACAAAUGAAUUUUCGCUUCUGAAUUUUCUUUGGCUAUGACCCUGCAGUGAGUGUUCUUGAAGUCGGUGGUCUCCGUGAGACAGUAGCGAUACUGUCUCGAAAGUGAGUUCAUGGCUGUUUAUAGAAUGCGGAAGAAAGUAAACGAUACCGUUUAAUCUGUUUAGAACGAGAAUUUUUAUGAAAUAUGAAUGUCAUUGUGUUUUCUGCGAAUGAAACAAUUAGGUUACGUUGACAAGAAACACGGUCCUUUACAAGUACUAAACAGCAUUAUAGCAUUUUGUAUGUCUAUGGUAGGGGUUUUGAGAUGUUUUAUUUAUACAAAAUAACAAUGUGCGUGAAAGCGCACAACAUUGAUGUUUUAAACUUACACAUUUGUGAAUAAUCUUUAUAAAGAUUAGAUAAAAUCAAAAAAUCCAUAUGAAUCCGUGCAGUUAUCUAUAAAAUGUGUUACAGUUCAUUGAGAAACAGCAGUAGAUCAAGAUGAAAUAUGAUUGUUCGAACACUCAUGUGAUAAUAUUAAAUAACCACUACACAAUCCUAAUGAAUUAUCUCUUACAAAUUGGAUGUUACAUAUUUGUACAUACGAGGAGUGCAUGAAGCAAUUUGCUUACAUUUACAAAAUGCCGCAUAUAACACGAAAAUGGGAACUUUUCCCAGGCAGAAAUCGAUUUUGCUGUGAUGGCAGAGUAAUGAUGGCACCACAAACUGGAGUAUUUUAUGUGACUGUGUGCCUCAUUGCUGGAACAAGUGGAUUAUUUUUUGCUUUUGAUUGUCCAUUCUUAGCAGUUCAUAUAACACCUGCUAUACCAGUUAUUGGUGGUCUGUUAUUUAUUUUUGUAAUGUCUGCUUUGUUUAGAACAAGCUUUAGUGAUCCUGGAGUUAUUCCAAGAGCAACACUCGAUGAAGCUGCCUAUAUUGAAAAACAAAUUGAGGUACCAAACAAUGGUAAUUCUAAAAUGUACAGACCACCACCUCGAACAAAAGAAGUAUUAGUCAAAGGGCAACCAGUAAAGUUGAAAUAUUGUUUUACUUGUAAAAUAUUCAGACCACCAAGAGCUUCACAUUGCAGCUUAUGUGACAAUUGUGUAGAGAGGUUUGAUCAUCAUUGUCCAUGGGUGGGGAAUUGUGUUGGCAGAAGAAAUUACAGAUAUUUUUAUGCCUUUAUUGUGUCCUUGGCAUUUCUUUGUGUUUUUAUAUUUGUAUGUGCUGUUACACAUUUAGUAAUGCUCACAAAAGACGUUAGACCAUUUUUAGACGCAGUAAGGAUAUCUCCUGGAAGUGUUGUUGUAGCAGUUAUAUGUUUUUUCUCUGUAUGGAGUAUUCUCGGUCUUGCUGGUUUUCAUACAUAUUUAACUACUAGCAAUCAGACAACUAACGAGGAUAUAAAGGGGUCAUUUUCAAUUAAAACAGGACAAGAAAGUUUUAAUUUAUAUAGCCAAGGAAAUAUAUGUGGAAAUUGUUUUUAUGUAUUAUGUGGACCAGCACCACCUAGUUUAAUUGAUCGAAGAGGUAUAGUAACUCCCGAAUAUCGUGCAGAGCAAGAAAGAGUUGGUGGUGACAGUGUAAUUACUAAUAAUAAAACAUAUGGUACAGUGAAAAUCGUACAACCACAGUCUAAUGGUACAGCUGUUCAAACAAAUCCCAGCCCAGAUCUCACAGGUUCCAUGAACAAUCUUGUUUCUGGUCAGCAUUCACCACAAAUUGAAUCGAUAAACGGUAGUACUACAAACAGCGUGAGUCAACUUGUUACCAAUGAAGUACCACUAGCAUCACUUAAUAUAGCUCCAAUUGAUAUCGAUGAAAUCGCUCCGCUGCCUUCCCGUCAAAGUGUUGUGGUUUCAUCCACGUUAGAUACGUCCUCUAUACCUUCGGUAACUGUAACAACACCUUUGUCUGCAUCUAGACUUAGAUUGUUACAAGAUACUACCAUGAUAGAGUCUGCUUUAGACUUAGAUUCGCUGGAAGACGCAAGCGUCGGUAGAGGCAGUCAGGCAGGACUUAUAAAAAUGGGAGCAGUAUAAAUAACUGAAUCUAUUUUAUCUAGUUAGAUUUUAUCUAGUUAGAUUAUAGAUUAAGUUUUUAUCUAGUUGGAUCAUAGACUUUUAAAAUUUUCGACGCUUAUCGAAGAAUAGUGCAGGUCGAAGUUUACCUUUUUCAUAUUGUACCUGUACGUGUAUGUACAUUAAAUUUUACAAAUUUAAUAAUUAUUGUAUAGCUUACAAUAUGUAGAUGCACAAAAUCCAUGCAAGAGUAAAAGAGUAGAAUUAUUAUUUGGUUUAUGACGAAUUUAUUUAAAUUUUAAUUAAUUUAAUAAAGGGAUAGCUUCCUGAUGUAAUAUGUCUGUUUUUGAUCUGCACUAUUUAUUCAUUACAUUUAGCAUUGUUAACUUCAUUCCAGCCAUUUACAUCUUUCUUUUUUCAUUAUAUGAAAUUAGUAAAUGAAAAUAUUCCCUACCUACAAUAUAUGUAUAUCUAUAUAUAAAAUGUGGUGAUUUAACAUAUUAUGAUACUCUUACUGUUAUACAUAAGCAGAUGAUAUGUGAGUUAAGGAAAAUGUACUGCUUAAUUAUGUCUUAACAUAAAUUUAUAUCUAUUUUUCUGUUAAUAUAAACUCCAACUUCUUAUUUUUGUCAUGCACUGUAUUGGAGUAACAAAUUUCAUUUUUAACUGCAGUAAUAUGUACAUUUUGAAAUCUUCACCAAAUAAAAAUUUAUCAUUAAAUAUAGAAUUGAAAACAGUGAGAAAAAGUGUGGUAGUUAAUAUGUGUGCAAAUUGUAUUAUUAGAAAAUGUUUAUAUGCAUUUAAACGAAUACUACUAAAAAUCAGAAAAACUACAAUUCUUAAAAAUUUUAAUCUUAAUUUUAUUACAAACUAACUGCUACUAAAAGUAUAAAGUAUUAUUUAAUUUUACUUUUCUAUAUUGGUAAACUUUAUCAUAAUUAUCCCUUUUAUUCAAUUUGCUAUGUACAGUGUAAAGAGAAUUUUGUAAAUAUAGGAAUUUUCAAAUAUAUUAGCAUAGUUUUGCAAGCAUUUGAACAAUUUGUUAUAAAGCAAAGUGAAUUGUACCAAGCAUUUUCAAAAUAGGAAUAUCACUGCCUCAUUUAUAAAUAAUUUAUGCGUUGCCAUUGCAUGUCAUUAUUUAAUUUGAUGUAAUCAGAAAAUAGAAAUUAUUUAUACAAUGAAUUAAUGAAAAAAGAAACGAUUUUACUAGUUGUCAUUUUAUCUUAUACUGAUUGCCAUUAUAUUGAUUUUGAGAGUAUCUUUUUUGUACAUAUAUGCGUGUAUAAUAUCAUAUGUAUAUACUGUGUAGAUGUUAUUAUGAUAAGAUGAUGUACUAUAAGUUAAAAAUAUACCAGUAUGUUAUAUCAUAUUAAACCUACUUCAAAAUUCUUUAGCAGGUAUAAGAUGAUGAUGCACAUAGAUAAUGAUUAGUACUCCUCAAAGUGCAGAAAUUAAAUACUACAGAUAAUAGGUAAAAGUAUCUUUAUUCAGUUGUUUUACAUCAAUUGUAUGUAUAUCUUUACAAAAAUAUUUAAUUAUGACACAAAAUAUUGGAAUAAAAUUAUUGAUACAGUGUUA